ACAUGCACGCGACGCGCAUUCUGGUUCCGCCGUUGCAUUUCAAAGACACCCUUUUCUUGCAGGGAACAACCACCACGGAAGUACAAAAGCAAAACCGACAUGGGCCCCCUUGCGGAAGGUGGGGAUGGAGAAAGAGCCGACUUCGUCAGGUCGCCAGUUUACAAAAGUGUCGUCAAAGACCCUCGUAUAGUAGUCAGUAGUUAGUCAAAAGCAUGACAAACUCCCACUUGCCAGACAACCCCACGGCAUCGUACUGGCUCCGUGACCUGGAGGUCCCAGAGUCGGCGCCGCUGCCUACGGAAACAGUCGAUGUGGCCAUCAUAGGAGCUGGAAUCUCCGGGUUGUCGGUCGCCCGAUUCCUCCAGCAGCUGAAGCCCGAAUGGCAUAUCGUCGUGGUUGAGGGCCGACAGCUCAGCGGAGGGGCUACGGGAAGGAACGGCGGGUUGCUUGUGCCAGGCCUCCACGACUCCUGGACUACAACCACCGCCGCCCUCGGCAUCCCCGUCACCCGUAAACUUCUCAAAUUCGACCAACUCAACGCCGACGCCCUCUCCGAGUUCGUCACCACCUACCUCGCCCACGGCGGCCAACCCGACCCCUUCUUCCACAAGUUCAAGGACGGGUGCCUGAACGUGUUUGCGACGGACGGUGAAAAAGAGUUCUGGACCGAGGAUGUGAGAAAGAUGAAGGCGGCGGGGUGUGGGGAGGGGUUUGAGUUGUUGGAUGCGAGGGCUGUGAAGGAGUUGCUGGGCACGGAUGUUUAUCUCGGCGCUGUGAGGAUGGCGCCGGCGUACCGCGUGUGGCCAGCCAAACUGGUGCUAGGCCUCGCCAAGGAAGUGUUGGCCCAAAACACAAAGCAGCGCCAUGCCGGCGGAAAAGUCACCAUCUGCACGCAAAAACUCGUCGAAAAAGUCCGAAAACAGCCGGACGGCACCUUCCUCAUCACAGCCUCCAAAAGGCACACCUUACAAGCCCGCCAAGUCAUCGUCUGCACCAACUCACACACAUCUACCUUCCUCCCCACACUCCCCAUCCUCCCCGUCAAAAACCAAGUCAUCGUCACCAAACCCCUCUCGCCCCCACCCCCCUUCGACCUCUGCAUCACAGCCAACAACGGCUACGAGUACCUCUCCACCCGCGAAGACGGCCGUAUCGUCCUCGGCGGGAUGCGCCACCUCGUGACACCCAGCAUGGAGGUCGGCAACGGCGACGACGCGCACUUACACCCUGAAGUAUCCAAGGCUCUGCGGAGCUACAUCCCUGACCGCUUCCCGAUGUUGAAGAAACAGGGUGUGGAGGUGGAGAUGGAGUGGGCGGGGAUCAUGGGAUUCAGCGGGGACCGGUUGCCGUUUGUGGGGCCUGUGCCGCGGAAUCCCGGCAUGUUUGUGUCGGCGGGGUUUUCGGGACAUGGGAUGCCGAGGGCGUUCUUGAGUGGGAAGGCGGUCGCGGAGAUGGUGGCCGGGGUGAGGGUUGGGGAGGACUUUCCGGAGGUGUUUUUGCCGGAGGGGAGGGAGACCAAGGAGGAGCGGGUGUCGAGGGAGAACUUCAAGUCGAUGCUCUGAGUUUCUAGGAGUAAGGAGUGAGGAGUGGGUGGGCGUGCAUGCCAGGCGUAUGCGUUAGUCGGACUAGUUACAUAGGUCCAGAACACAGGAAUAGAGAACAAUA